AUGUGGUUCCAGAAGGAUGUCUAUGUGGUCUGUGGUACAAUCCUCAGUCAUGCGCCUUGUGUCCACAAUGAAUUUAAUAGCAACCCUCGAUUCUCAGUGCAAAUUAGCAGAGGAAAAGAACACCUAAUGAUCUCAGACACGCAGCUCUCAGAUUCAGCAACAUAUUACUGUUCUGCAUCCAGAAACCCAACUGUUGUACAACAACCUGUUUCUGAGUCAGUCCAGCCAGGAGACUCUGUGACUCUGAACUGUACAAUACACACUGAGACCUGUGCAGGAGAACACAGUGUCUAUUGGUUCAGACAUGGCUCAGGAGAAUCCCAUCCAGGAAUCAUUUACACCCAUGGAGACAGGAGUGAUCAGUGUGAGAAGAGCCCUGAGGCUGGGUCUCCUACACGGAUCUGUGUCUACAACCUCCCCAAGAGGAACCUUAGCCUCUCUGAUGCUGGGACUUACUACUGUGCUGUGGCCUCCUGUGGGGAGAUACUGUUCGGGAACGGGACCAAGCUGGACAUCGAAGAUGGUUGUAAGGAGGACCAGGUUCUCUUGGUGUACUGCCUGGGUGUAGCGUUGGCUCUUUGUGUCAUCCUCAUCAUUGUCCUUGGUUGUGUUAUGUAUAAGAUGACCAAGAAUACAUCUUUGCUGUGCAGAGUGUUGUCCAUUGGUAUCAUUACUCAGUCUGAUCUUUUGAAGACCUUCAUCCCUGGAGACACUGUUGAUUUGAAAUGCUUCAUCUCUGGGACUGGCGGAGACUACUACAACUGGUUCAAACUAAGAGUAGGACAAGCUCCAGCGAUGAUAGUAUCUCUUUACCUUGACUCAAAAGAUCCAACACUCUACGGGGAGUUUGACAACAAUCCUCGGUUUUCUGCAGAGAAGAACGGAGACAGUUUUGUGCUGACCAUUUCAAAUGCCAAGCCAUCGGAUGUGGGGAUGUAUUACUGUGCUGCACGUGAUUAUGAGGGCAUGAUCUUUGGAAAUGGUAUAUUUCUGAUGCAUAAUGGUGCAGGGUCCAGGAACCAUCAUCUUACUCAGCAGUCUGUGUCUGAGUCAGUCCAGCCAGGAGACUCUGUGACUCUGAACUGUACAAUACACACUAAGACCUGUUCAGGAGAUCACAGUGUCUAUUGGUUCAGACAUGGCUCAGGAGAAUCCCAUCCAGGAAUCAUUUACACACAUGGAGACAGGAGUGAUCAGUGUGAGAAGAGCCCUGAGGCUGCGUCUCCUACACAGAGCUGUGUCUACAACCUCCCCAAGAGGAACAUCAGCCUCUCUGAUGCUGGGACUUACUACUGUGCUGUGGCCUUAUGUGGGGAGAUACUGUUUGGAAACGGGACCAAGCUGGAGAUCAAUGAUGGUUGUAAGGAGGACCAGGUUCUCUUGGUGUACUGUCUGGGUGUAACGUUGGCUCUUUGUGUCAUCAUCAUCAUUGUCCUUGGUUGUGUUACGUACAAGAUUACCAAGAAAACCUCUCUGCUGUCCAGAGGAACGCACCCUCAGCCAAGUGGUCCGACAAUCCACAGUUAUCAUAACCAGGAUCAAAAACAUGAUGACACACUAACGUCAGUCCAUUACGCUGCUCUGAAUGUCAUCCACAAGAAGCCAAAGACCCAGAGACAGAGUAUCGCCAUGGAGAGAGACACGGUGUACUCUGGGCCUGUCGAGUCCAGAACCUUCAUGUAA